AUAUGGGUUGGUUUUAAAUCUACAUGUUGCCCUAACGGGUCUCCUCGUUCCUUUUUCUACGGGGGAGAGAGAGAAGAGUGAGUCGGUGAAGGUUUGGAUUGGGCGCUAGACAUGACAACAUAUGGCCAAACUCCUCCCUCCCAGUGGGACUUCAGCUGUGACUUGGAAGUAGAUUAUGAGUCCGAGGAAACUGCUCGGAUAGUAUAUUCAGCUUUGGCUGUGGAUAAAGAGUUGCAGCCGGACAAAGUGAAAAGGCAGAUGUCUGUCUCUGAUGGGAAGCUUUCUGUGCGUUUCGAAGCGGUUGAGGCAAGAUUUCUUCGUGCAUCAUUUAGCGCUUUUGUAGACGUUCUUACACUUGCCACAAAGACAAUUGAAGCAUUCGGUCAAGGAAUAAAAUUGUGACAUCCUUAGUAGAAUUUCAUGGAAUUACUGGUUUCUCCAUCAUUUGAGUUGUAAUUUGAACUAAUAUUCCCCCUUUAUAAAUUAAGCUCUGGCUGCGUCGUGGCUUUUUGGUUCA